GCCAAACUCUGUAGAUUAGGGCUUUAGUGUUUGUGUGUGAAGACCAAAGAGAAGAGAGAAAGAGAUGGAGAUGGAGGAUUACAUGGAUCAUUUUAGCCACGAGCACCGGCUGAGCCUAGAGGAGGUAAUGAUCGGAGAGAAUCAUGACUGUCGGGGAUGUGGAAUCGCCAUCAAAGGUCAAACAUAUGCCUGUAAAUUACCCGAUUGCAGUUUCUAUCUUCACAAGCUAUGCGCCUCUGCUCCCAAACAUCUUGAAUCCUCCCCUGAAUCUAUUCAUCCUCAACAUCCCCUCACCCUCCAACCAGGCCCCCCUUAUUCUUCUUCUUCUUCCUCCUCCUCCUCCUCCUCUUCUGGUAGCUUCUUUGAUUGCAAUAUCUGCGAGAAUCGCUUCUCGUCUGGAUUUGCCUACCGUUGUUCACACUGUAAAUUCUCCGUCGACUUGAGAUGCGUUGCUUUGACAUCCCAUUUUAUUGACCUCGGUCACGAGGGUCACCCUUUAACGCCAUGGCUGUUCCCGGUAGCUCCGUCUUACGUAUGCUCCGCUUGCGGCACGAAACACGAAGAAGAAUCAGGACAGGGGAUCUCAUUCCUUUGCCAGAAAUGCCCGUUUUGGAUUCACGAACGGUGUUUGGAGUUGUCUGUGAGAGUCAACAUUGACGGCCAUCCUCACCCUCUUAGAUUAGCCCAUGGAAUGACCCGAGAUUGGGACGGCGUUUACAGAUGUUUCAUUUGCAAAGAGGAUGAAUAUGAUGGCACUUAUUGGUUUUAUGUCUGUUUGGCUUGUAAUCUUUUUGUUCAUCUCAAGUGCCUAAGAAGAUUCAGAUUUGCCCCCAAAAGGGUUGAGAUCAAAACCAUCGAUUGUUCCGAUGAUCUGAUUCACUUGCCGGUACCUGAUCUUCAAUCAAUUUUACCACUUUUGACUGGGUUCAUCCAACAACUCUGCAAAUUAGAGGAAGAAUCAGACACUGAUCUCCAGCUCCGGCACAUGGGUCACGAUCAACAUCCUCUGCUACUCGUCGAUCGUGUCAACGAUGAUGUUAUCAAAACCUGCGAUGCCUGCAUACUACCCAUAUCAUCUCCACCGUUUUACAAAUGCGAAUCAUGCGACUUCCGCUUACACAAAUGGUGCGCCGAUCUACCGAAGGAGCUGAAAGAGCAUCCCAUCCACCCAGAACACCUUCUAACCCUCUUCAUUCUGGCUAAGGACUCUUACCCAUUUGGUAUCUUCACCUGUAACAGCUGCUGGUUUCCCGUCAACGGAUUCGCUUACAAAUGCACUGAAUGUUCAGAUUAUACCAUCUGCGUGCGAUGCGCAUCUCUUCCACGCACUAUCCUCCACGAAGCACACGACCACCCUCUCUCUUUAAAACAGGGGUCUUUGACCUUGACCUGCGCCAGUUGUCGCGUAUGUAGGUACUAUUCCGAUUCGUUCUUGCCAACGUUUACUUGCGAAGAUUGUUGUUUUGGGAUCCACCCGUUAUGCGCUUUACUACCUCGAACUAUCGAGCACCGGUUCGACGAAGAACACCCGUUCGUGUUGUCAUAUCCAACUACGCCGGCGAGUUUCGUGGAAAUUGAUGACCCGAGUGCCAACCCGUUUUGUGAAUUCUGCGAGAAGACUGUGGAGUUGAAAUCUGGGUGGUUGUAUCAGUGUUUGGAUUGUAACAUGUUUGGUUGCAUUGGUUGUUUUGCAAAAGAUUUGAGCUUGUUUUUGAUGAUUAAGCACGGCGGCGCCUACAAUUCGUCUCAUCAUCGGGAACAUCCUUUAGCCUGUGUUCCGAUGACUGAUGCUGACGAGAAAGGUUGUGAUCGGUGUGGUGGAAAGGAGUAUAAUGGUAAAUUUGGGUUUGAAUGUGGUCUCUGUAAAAUUAUGCUCCAUUUUCACUGCUUAGCUCCUUUACAAGAAAAUAGUUAAGACUGUACAUAUAGUUUUGAAAGAAUCUCAAAUUUGUAAAAUAUGUGAACACUAAGCCUUUAUAUAUUUUACAUUUAAUACAAAAAUCUUU